AUGGCCCACGAACAGAUUUCACUCUACCGCGAAACUCUAGCAAAGCGGCAACUUCAAUAUGACCUUGCAUUAGCGACGAGCGAGUACACUCCAUUUCUCUAUGCAUGGGAUUCACUACCAGCCUUGUAUCUGCUCCUUGCUAUUGCGGUGGGACCCAGACUUCCCCCAAGGCUGGCCAGAUCCGCCCGAUAUAUCGCUUUCGGGUUGGUCCUCUUCCAUGGAGCCUAUGUGGCAUGCUAUCGCCGGACGCUCUGGCUCGCGGCUGGCUAUGGUAUUGGUUUGAUGGUCGCCUGGGGCGUCAUCAUGACGGGAGCCCUUCUAUUAUGCAACGACGUGGGGCGAGAUUUCAGAAGGCUUGAAAGAAGAGCAAUCAAAACAAAGAGUGCAGAUUCCGACAGGGACAAAUUCAGAGCAACGCCUUCGCAGUCCAAACCGACUCAAGAUAUUGACACGAUAAACCGGAGGGUGGCUAGUGCAUAUCCAUUUUCUGGUACAAAACAAAUCUUCCCUCGUCGUGAGCAACCCUGUCUAGAGGAAUACGAACUAGUCUGGCAGGGGUUUCCUUACAACUCAGGCUGGUUCCAUGUCCUUGACUGGACGCUCGACCUGAUGACGAGUUUUCGAGCCGUGGGCUGGGAACAUCGAAUCCCAACAGUAGGGUCAUUUGAUGUAUCGAUGCCACACGACACAUCAGAACGAAAUACCGCCACAGCAGUCAGCAGCAACGAAGGACGGGCAUCUUCGACUGUUUCACAAUACCUGCGGUCUCCUCAACUGAGAGCAUUACGAGGUUUUAUUACCAGCUACCUCUUUCUUGAUUUCCUGAAGACAACCAUGAUCACAGACCCGUACUUUCUGGGCGUCGCACCACUGGAAUCGCCUACACCCUGGCAUUGGCUUGCUUAUAUCAACAAUACUGUUCCAAUGGCAACACGCUUUGUUCGGCUUGGAAUUACGAUGUUUGGGGUGGUAUCUGCAUUGACGUUAGUCUUCAGCUUGAGUCCCUUGUUCUUCGCCUGCAUCCUUCCCGCUCUUCUCGAUGUCACCAAGAUUACGAAGGCGCCUCUUUUGGAACCAUGGAUAUAUCCGGCCUAUUGGCAAUCAUCCCCGACCUCGGUCCUGUACUCUGGGUUGGCAGGGUUAUGGGGCAAAUGCUGGCACCAGAUGUUUCGAUUUGGCAUCUCAGAGCCUUCCAGAGUGGCUAUUAAGAGAUUGAAUUUAGAUCCUCGUGGACAGGUUGCCCGAAUCGUCCAACUUCUGGUCGCGUUCACGUUGUCAGGAUCAAUCCAUGCGAGUGCUAGCUACACGACAUUCUCUCUGAAUGGCUCUCGUCCGUUCUCAGGGCCCUUGUUGUUCUUCUUCCUCCAAGGUAUCGGCAUUCUCUUACAAUCUUUUAUAGUCAAGGUCUUACACAAACGCGCUUCGGGGGUCAAGAAACUCCCGUCGGCUGUAGGCCAAACUGUGAACGUGCUGGUUGUGGUGUUGUAUCUUUACUUCACAGGACCAUUGUUGGCCAACGACUUUGCAACCUCUGGGAUUUGGCUCUUCGAGCCCAUUCCAAUCAGUCUUUUCCGUGGAUUAGGGUUGGGUCCAGGCGGAAAGUAUGAAGGGUGGUGGGCGUGGAAUCAAGAAGGCUCACGAUCGAUCGGAUGGUGGAUCGGUGACCGCUGGUGGGAGAGAGCGAUGGCGAUAUAUUAG